AUUCCCACUGAGGGAACUGCCAUCCCGAGGCAGAAAGGGAGGGAUGCACAACUGAGGACUUGCCUUUGUCUGCUCCUAAGGAGGAGAGAUCGCCUGGCGAACCUCCUUGCCUCAAGCUUUCUUCAUCCUUGAUCUGUCAUCAUGGGGACCACAGAAGCCACCCUACGAAUGGGAAAUGUGGAUGUAAAGGAGGAAUGGCAGGAUGAAGACUUCCCCAGACCCCUUCCAGAAGAGACAGGAAUGGACACUCUUGGCAGCCCUGUUGAAGACACAUCCUCUCCUCCAAACACUUUAAACUUCAAUGGGGCUCAUCGUAAACGAAAGACACUCGUUGCUCCUGAAAUCAACAUUUCACUGGACCAAAGUGAGGGCUCCGUCUUGUCUGAUGAUUUCUUGGACACCCCUGAUGAUCUGGACAUCAACGUGGAUGACAUUGAAACUCCAGAUGAGACAGAUUCCCUGGAAUUCCUUGGAAAUGGCAAUGAGCUAGAGUGGGAAGAUGACACGCCUGUGGCCACCGCUAAGAACAUGCCUGGGGACAGUGCAGACCUCUUCGGGGAUGGGGCAGCUGAAGAAGGAGGCGCUGCCAAUGGGCGCCUGUGGAGAACGGUCAUCAUCGGGGAGCAGGAGCACCGAAUUGAUCUCCAGAUGAUCAAACCUUAUAUGAAAGUGGUGACCCAUGGAGGAUACUACGGUGAAGGUCUGAAUGCUAUCAUCGUCUUUGCAGCCUGCUAUCUCCCAGACAGUAACUCUCCAGAUUACCAUUACAUAAUGGAAAACCUCUUCUUGUAUGUCAUUAGCAGUUUGGAGCUCCUUGUAGCUGAAGAUUAUAUGAUUGUGUAUCUGAAUGGGGCCACCCCAAGACGGAGAAUGCCGGGUAUUGGCUGGCUGAAGAAAUGUUAUCAGAUGAUUGACAGAAGGCUUCGGAAAAACCUAAAAUCCUUAAUCAUUGUUCACCCAUCUUGGUUUAUUCGAACAGUGUUGGCCAUUUCCAGGCCCUUCAUCAGUGUGAAGUUCAUCAGUAAGAUCCAAUAUGUGCACAGCCUGGAAGAAUUGGAGCAGCUCAUCCCCAUGGAACACGUGCAGAUUCCUGACUGCAUUCAACAAUAUGAAGAAGAAAGAAUCAAAGCCAGGAGAGAAAGAUCAGAAGAAAAGCCAGAAGUGAUGGAGGAAAGGUCUUCAGUGGUCACAGAGGAUCAGGAAACAAGCAUGUCAUGAAUCCAAGAGCCCAGAUAUGGAAGCAAAGAAGGAAUCCAGUUACCAGUUGCUUCCUGUCCACACCCUUCCUGGUGCCCAGCAGAGCUCAUCACCCCCUCAUUCUGAAAACCAUCCUACCAAGGGCACCACCUCCCAUCUGUCUCCGACAUCUCAUAUACUCUACAGCUGCUUGAAAAUAUUUUAUUUUUUUAACAGUCCAGUAUUGGCACUUUUUCAAACAGGGUCACUCUCCGCUCCUCCCUCCUUUCCCACUCACCAUUCCUCAAAGGGAUGUGAGCAGAGAAGAAAGAAGUGGAGAGAGAAUGGAUCCGUCCUUAUCUCCAGUAGCCUUCGUCCUGCAUUCCCCAAAUUAAAUGAUGUAUGAAAGGGCAGAUCAGCACAUCCCAUCCUUUCGCAGUUUGGUCCAUGACCAUUUCUUUUUAAGCAUCAUGUAGCCAGUGCCCCAGGCACCAAGUGACCCCCUGGCUUUCCUCUCGGUACUUAGCCAAGUACCCCACCAGUUUCUAACAUGGACACUCCCCCCCAAGAUGUGGCUGGGCUCUGACAAGCUCCACACACAAACUCAUCUUGAGUUUCAUAGAUCUCUCUCCCCAAAUGGAUAUAACCAGACAGAUUCAGCUCAGCGUAGUCUUGGAGUCAGGAAGACCUAGAGCGAAUCCUGCCUCUGAUACAUACUAGCUGUGUAACCAUGGUCAAGCCGCUUAAUUUUUCAGUGCUCCCAGGCCAUGAAUCCAGGCUGAACCAGAUCUACCCAGGCUGUAUGUCACCUGACCUUGAAAACUUAUUCUAUAAGCCUCUCCCCAAGAACUGCUACCUGGGGGGAGCAGAGAGUACUGUUUGGCUCCUAUGUAGAGCUCUGCUUGAAUCAUGAUCCUGGAUCUAUUGCCUGGGUCACCUUGGACAAGACACUUUGAUUCUCUGGACCCUGGUUUCCUCAUUUAUAAAAUGAGAAAGUUGCACUAAAUGACCCUUCCAGUCCCACACAAUUUCAUCCUAUGAAAAAAAAGAAA